UAUUGGAAGCCGAAGCCACUCUUCCGCCAAAACCAACACUCUCCCUGAAAGCUCCUCCUCCUCCUUCCUAAAUCACCCAAAAAACCAUGCGACCUCCCAGAGGCGGCGGAGGGUUCAGAGGCUCCCGCGGGCGCAGUGGUGGUGGUCGUGGGUUUAACAGUGGCGGUCGCGGUUUCUUCCGCGAUGAGGGCCCUCCUUCCGAAGUCAUAGAGGUUUCAACAUUUGUUCAUGCAUGUGAGGGUGAGGCAGUCACGAAGCUCACGAAUUCGAAGAUACCCCACUUUAAUGCCCCAAUCUAUCUGCAGAACAAGACUCAGAUAGGGAAGGUUGAUGAAAUAUUUGGUCCGAUCAAUGAAUCUUACUUUUCAGUUAAAGUUAUGGAAGGCAUUGUGGCGACUUCGUAUUCCCAGGGAGAUAAGUUCUAUAUUGACCCAAUGAAGCUUCUUCCUCUUGAAAGAUUUCUUCCACAGCCAAAGGGACAGAAGCCAGCAUUUUCUCGAGGCGGAGGCCGUGGAAGGGGUACUCCGAGGGGAAGAGGUUUUUCAAGGGGAAGGGGUCCUCCAAGGGGAAGGGGUCCUCCGAGGGGUGGUAACCGUGGUGGCUUCAGGGGGAGAGGGAGAUUUUAGAUUAACAUUUUGUAAUAUUUCUAGUGCCCUACCCACUUUGCGUCGUGGUUUUAGCAUGCCUAGGGCUCACAAGAAUCACAAUUUCAUGCUGAUUAUGGUGGUUGACAUGCGGUUGAUGGACUAUUUAUUUUCCUUUUGUAUUGUAGUUUUAUGAUCCUAGGCUCCUAGCUGCAACCGCGGUGGCUUCAGGGGCAGAGGGAGAUGUUUGUUUUGAAUUUAAGAAUUCUUCUAUUAAAAUGAUCCUCGUCUACAA